AUGAUUUUAACAUUUUCAAAAGUUUGUAAAUUCAAUAUUCUUCCUUUUGCAAAAUCUUAUUCAUUUUUCGAUUGGACUUUAGCAAAAGGUAGAUAUGAAGAAGAACUUCAAAGACUUGGUCUUCCUGAAUUCCAUCCUGUUUGUAAUAUUUAUCAGACAGGAUAUGUACACGACAACAAAGAAGUUGAAACAAGUCGUCCAUAUCAAAUCAUUGCAAAAGAAAAAUAUGUUUUUGAUUUCAAGAAAUUUAUGAGAACUAAAUCAGGAAUGCAUGAUUUUGAAUUCGAUUCUGUUGAAGAAAAAGAACUUCAAGGAACAUUAACUUCAUUAGGAGAUGAAAAAUAUGAAUAUAAUCCUCCUGAUCAUGAUGCUGUUGAAAAGAUUUAUGCUGUUUAUAAAGAUAAAACAACACAAUCUAAAACAAAAACAAUUGUCAGAUUCAGACAAAUCUACAAUGGAACUAAAUUGUAUUUCAAAGUUCCAAGUGAUGAUUUUCUUUCAAUCCAAAACUAUUAUCAAGAAUUUGUUCCAUUUGAAGAAGAUAAGUAUCAUGUUAUGUUUUCAAAUGAUGCAAUGAGUAUUCCAGAAUUUGAUGAACAAAAGAACUCAUCUAGAACAUUGAUUUGUCUUGCAGAAGGAGCAUAUUUUGCACCUAAGACAGCUAAAUACAAAUUCUUCUUCAGCACAAACAGGAGAUUCUUAUUUUAUAUGAGUCAAAAUCCAUUCAGAAACACAAUAGAAGAAGAGACUGACACAAGAAAAUGGAUAGGUUCAGCACAGUAUCAAGGAUUCAACACAAGAAAUGGAUUUAAUAUUUAUCUCGAAGAAGGCAAGAAAUACUAUUAUAGGAUUGUAAUUAUGGAUGGCUCUGGUGCACCAACGAUUUCAACAAAGUAUUAUUUAAAUGAUGAUUCUUCCAAAUGGUAUGAUGUUGAAGGAGAAUUUUCAAGAUUUAGUCAUUUGGAUCUUGAAGACAGAAGUUCAUAUGUUUUCACUCCAGAAAUAGAAAACAUUCCUACACUUGGAAUUUAUUGGGAUGAAAGAAACAUCAGAUACACAUCAAAGAUAUAUAACUUAACAUCUAAACCUAAUUUAGAUAACAACCAAGAUCUUUCACAAACUAUUUUCGAAGUUAAUAAUGAAGAAAAUGAUUGCAAAUCUUCAUCAUCAUUCCCAAUUUCAUAUAAAUUCACUUCUUUCACUAAAAUUAGAGUUGACAAAAUGAUGAUUAAAAGUUCAUCAGAAAUGGAUUCAGAUAUUGAAAUCAUUUGUGGAAAAGAAAUUUGUUAUGACGGUAAAUAUAACUCAGAAGAACCAAAUAUUACGUUGAUUAAAACAUAUGAUGUUAAAGAAUUCGAAAUCAAAGUUAAAAGUAAUUCUAAAGGAUCUUAUUCAUCUAUCUGUACGAUUGUUCCUUUGUUCUUAAUCUCAGAUUCACGAAACAUUAUUCCAUCAACACACACUAAAUUUGUUAAAGAAGGCGAAGCAGAACUAACAAAACAUGGAUUGUAUUACAACGGCAAAGGAUUUCAUAUGAAAGAAGGUUCAUCAAUCAAGUUCACAGUUUCAUUUAACGAAACAGGAAACAGUGUUGGUUUUGUUGGUGAUAAAUCAGUGAAUGGCGGAACAUUCGAUGUCUUUGUUGAUGGUAAAUUCAACUGUCGAAUCAACACCAGUGUCUUCCUUUCUAACGAACUGAGAUGA